AUGCUUCCUGUCUUGUAUACAACCGUCGCACUUACGUCGUCCAACCAAAUCCUCGCCUUCUCAUACUCUCUACAGCACUCUGUCGACUUAGAGAUAGGGGAAACGUUGGGUUCGUACGUACGCUAUCUCUGGGUGGGCCCUAUAAGCUCGAUAUCCGAGCACGACCUAUCGUACGCAUCCAGCGCAUGGCCGGUGACGAUCAUUCACCAGAUACUGCGGCGGUGCCCCUCGCUCCGUGCGCUGGCCAUCGUGAACCUCGCACAGCACCUACUAUAUCGGCUGGAGGGUAUUAUCCCGGCCUCUGUGCAGUCCAUACACCUCGGUCCGGUCCACGGGCACCUCGAUCUGCCGAAGCUGCGAUGCGAAAAGCAGCUGCAGACGAUCACGAGUAUGGACACAUACCUGUCGGACUGGGAGGUGCACCAGAUCGUCACGGCGCCGCAUGUUAAGUGCUUCCGCCGCUUCUACAGCAACCCAGCGCGAAUAUCAUUCGCAUUCGACCAGCUGCCGUGUGUGAAGGAGGCGAAGUCGCUGGAGCGGCUGGAGAUUCUGUGCUGCGCUGACACCGUGGAGGUCGCUACUCUUGCUUUGCGGGAGCACGCGUCGGAGUACAGCGGCCGUGCCGAUGAGCGCAUUUGGCUCGUGGCAACCUCGAGUUGCUUCAGUACACGAGCGGAUGGUAUACGCGCACUCUACCAUGAUUGGAUAAACGAGCUGGGGAAAUUAGUCAGUGAAAGCGAAGAGCCGAUAAAUAUCGGUGACCGGUCGAUGAUGCUGGAAACUGUCAGUGCUCCUCUUGAAAAGGUCAGAAAUCUUCCAUUGCAAGAUAUUUAA